UACAAGGACCUGUGCUAGACAAGGACAUGUCCAUUGACGUGCUGAUGGACAGGGUCAGGUCUGGGUCAACAGCCAGCGAGGACAGGAGCUCAAAUCAGUCCCUUGAGCCUGAGGAGAGAGGAAAGGACAGUGGGAUGAGCAGUGGUGCAAGUGUGACAUCCUCCCCCAUGCCACAGGUCAGGCCGCAGCACCCCUGGGACCAGGCCAGGCACGACAUGCUGCUAGGCAGGAGGCUACAGGCGUAUGGUCUGCCAGGUGAACUUGUCCCAGGCUCCCUGCCCAGCACAGCUGCGUCAGUCACGUCCACACAAAGCGAUCUGACAGUACAGGAGUUGGACCAAUCAGGUGCUGAGUACAUGUCUCUUCCGGUUGAGUUCAGGCCAGAAACUCCCCUCAGUACUGGGGAUCCUGAGCUGGAUCAGCUUAACAAAUCCUGUAGGAGUCUACAGGAACAGGUUUCCUCCCGAGAGCAGCAGCUUUUGCAGGCCCUUCAGCACCAGGAGGAGUACCAACAGGCUGUGUCAGAGGUCAGCGCUGGGCUGGACACCACACAGGCACAGCUGGACGCUGUACUGGUGGGAGGGGAUGACCUGGAGAACCAGCUGAUAGAUGUUCAGUUUGUCCUGGCUGAGUUGUCCCAGCUGAGGGAAGGUGUGAAGAAGGUUGAGGAGAGGGGUCAACAGGCAGCCCAGUCCGCACAGUCAACAGAUGUGGAGGGGAACGUCCAAGUCACGACCUCUGACCUUCAUCACAGACUUGCCUCUCUGAAAGACCAAGCCGCUGCCAAGCAAAAGGAAAUAGAGGAGAAGCUGGAGCAGCAGCGGGCCCACCAGGAGACCCUGUCAGCCUACCAGGCUGAGAUGCAGGCGCUGCACACCUGGGUCACCAGUGCACGUGUUCAGUCUUCCAUUGACUUCAUCACCGCUAGCGACAAGGAAGCUCUCGACGAGCAGCUGGAAGAAAACAAGCGCCUCCAGUCAGACCUUGAGGACCAUCUCAUUCGGCUUCCUGAGCUUCAGGACCGCUGCAGUGAUCUGGUAGAGAAAGAGCCGCCUGCACAGGCGGAGCUGAUGUUUUCCCAGCUCAACAACCUACAAAGAGACAUGGCUGAUCUACAGGAGGCCCUCACAAAUCGGGAAGAAAACAUCAGUCAGGCUGCUGAGGCCUGUGAGCAGAGAGAGAAAGAACUGGAGGAAUACCAGUCUCGUGUGGAGAAGAUGCAGAAGUGGAUAGCCCACAGUAAGGGUGCAGCAGUAGGGGAGGAGGGCGUCAGCAUCUCUGUUACAGCAGCAACCCCAGACUCCCCAUCAGAAACCUCCCCAGAACAGCUGUUUGGUGUGGCCCAGGGCUCUGCUGACCAGGACACUACAGACACGCCUAUGGAGAUGGGCAGUGAUCAUGAGAUGCCAGCUGAUGAAACAGGUGUUGCAGGUGCAGAAGGAGGUGCAAGACCUACAUCCCCUGGAUCAAAAAGAGCCCCACCCACACUUCCAUCAAUCCCAGAGCACCAUUCUGCCCUGAUGAGACAGAAGGGCGCACUGGAUGAGGGCAGCCCCACAUACGAGGAAAAACAGAAAGCACUAGAUGAGGAGCUGGCCCAGCACAAACACCUGCUGAAGUCCAUUGCAAAGAAAGGGGAGAGAAUCCUACGACAGCGGUCCUCCACAGAGAGUGACAUGGGAUCCAGCAAUGGCAGUGAGACGGACAUGGCAGAUCUGAAGCAGCGGUGGGAGGAGCUGUCUCAGGAGAUCGGGGAGAGGAAACAGCAGCUGCAGCUGGCUCUCCAGCAGAACAGACCACCACCUCAGCUGCAACGAAAACUCUCCAUGAGCCAGUUCCGCCCACCCUCCUUUGACAGUCCUGGGCAGGGGGAGACCAACAUGGGGGAACUGAAGAACACCCUGGAUGACCUACACAAGUGUUGGGAGAACAUGCAGUCAGAGAUGACAGACAGUCAGUCUCGUCUGGAGGAGGCUAUGGACUUCCAACAGAAGUACCAGGAUGCCCUGGAGGAUGUAUCAGGCUGGCUGGACAACAUUGAACUCAAACUCUUCACCUCAGACUGGUCCAAGGACUCAGAGGCUCAACUGGCACAGAACGAGUCCCUGCGGAAGGAGAUUAGUGCAUUCCAGGACCAGGUGUACGUGAUGAACCGUGCCUGUCAGCAGCUGAUGGUGGAGGCAGACAGCAGGAACAGGCAGGUGGUACAGCAGACGCUGUCUGACCUGAAGGACAGGCUCCACACCCUGGAGGGACAGGCUCUACAGAAGGAACAAGAACUCAUCGAGAAGAACUCACAAUGGAAGGACUUCCAGAUGGAGAUCAACUCUCUCUACACAUGGAUAACAGAGACCAAGUCAGACAUCAUGAAUGAUGAUGAUGACACUGAGUACACCAUCCAGGAUAAGUUGGCCCACUUACAGGACAUAGAAGAUGACAUCAGUGACCAUGAAGACCAGGUUAACUCCAUUCUGGAGAGAGGCAGGGAGAUGGGGGAUGAUGAUCCACGUGCUCCUGUCACCAUGGAAACAACCAUGCUGCAGAGCAACUGGGAUGAACUUCUGAGGAUUGUCAACAGGAGGAAGAAUGAUCUGGGUAAGGCAGCCACAGCACUGCAGCAGUAUGAGAAGCUCCUACAGGACUACUCUGACUUCAUUGAAACAGCUGAGGAGAAGCUGAACACUGGGAUGCUGACAGUGACAGGGCUGGAGGAGCUGAAACUUCACCUGGAGAAGCACAGUGAGUUCUUCCUGGGGCUGGAUGCACAGAAAGUCCUGGUAGACUCACUGCUGCAAAAAUUAGACCCAUCAACAAGGGAGCAGUACAUCGAACAGCACACAGGGCUAAACCACAGGGCAGCCAAUGCACUGGACAGGGCUCAAAGACUGUCUCAGGACCUGGAUACAGUAGCACAGACGUGGGUCAGGUUUGAGGAGGAGUUUGAGCGGCAGAAUGAAUGGCUGCAGGAGACAGAAGAACAGGUCCCUGUUGAGGACAUGUCAGAGGAUGUGGUGCAGAAACUUCAGGAUAGAGUCACUCUGUAUCAGGAGAAACUAAAGAUCGUUGUGACCAUCCUGAAGGACCAUCAGCCUGUAGUGCAGCGAAUGUUGGACAUGGGCAACUCUGUGCUCCAGUCUGUGUACUGCCCCGCUCUGGAGACCAAACUGUCUCAGUUUGAGGACAGAUGGACAGCAGCAAAGACAAAGACUUCUCAGGAGCUGUCCAAACUUGAGCAACUGUACAACCAGUGGAGAACAUUCGACAAGGACUCCACCAAGCUCAUUGACUGGUUGGAAGGGGCGGUGGACAAACUCAACAAGUUUGCUGAGCAGGAACCACGUGGCAUUGACAAAGCCAUUGAUGAUUUCACUGAGUUUAGAAAGGAGGCAGACCUCCAUCAGCCUCUGAAGGAGUCGUCCACAGCCCUGGGUCACCAGCUGAUCCUGCUGAAGAGCCAGCAGGCAGAGACUGUGCAGGAGAGGCUGAAGAUUAUUGAGACCAACUGGACACAGCUGAUGGGGAAAAUCCCAGCCAUUGAGAAGCAGCUACACAGGACACAGAUGGAAAUGUUACCAUCCAGACAGGCCCUUGCUGAACUACUGUUGUGGAUGGACAGACUGGAGGCAGCACUGCAGGACACCCAUGAGGAAGACAUGGCAGCCGUGGUUGAGUUACAGGCAGUGCUUCAAAAAUACAAGGGCUACAAGAUAGACAUGUCAGCCAAGCAGCUGACAGUUGACUUCAUCAACCAGUCGGUGAUGCAGAGCUCCCAAGGUCCUGAGGACGGGGACUUCCUGGUCAAACAUGAGGCUAUGAACACCAGAUGGGAGGAACUGAACAACCUCCUGCAGGCCAGGAUGGACAGGACAGAGGCCCUGUUGAGUCAUGCUAAGGAGUUUGAGGGCCGUCUGAAUGAGGUGAAGUCCUGGCUUCAGGAACAGGAGGCCCAGCUCAAACGUCACCAGAAGAGGAGCUCUGAGGUGGAGGUCCAACAUGCACUGGCAUUCUGUCAGGACCUUGACCGUGAGCUGAAGGAGAAGAACACAGAAGUGGCAGAGCUGGUGAAGACAGCACAGCAGCAGGUCCAGGGAAAGGACAACCCUGCAGCAGCAGCUAUCCAGCAAGACAUGGAGGCAGUCAGACAGGGUUGGACCAACCUACAACAACAGGUGUCAGAGUUGCAGCUGUCCCUGUCCACCCUGGCUGACCAGUGGAAACAGUACUACCAGGUGCAGCAGACCAUCACCCAGCACCUGGGCAGCACAGAGUAUACACUGGGGCGCUUCAAGCCAGGCUUUGGGGAUCUGGAGACCCUCAAGAAGAAAGCUGAGGAACUCAAGGCUGACACAAAGGAGCUUCAGGAGGAGUUUAUGGCCAAAGAGGACAACCUGGUUGUCCAUGGGGAGCUGGCUGCACAGCUGAUGCAGGAGUCUGACCCUGUGGUUAAGGACAGACUGCAACGAGAAGUGGACCAGCUGAAAGCAAGAGACACUGAGUGUCUGAAGGCCAUGGAGAACCAGCUGAUUGCCUAUGACCAGAUUGUGGAACUGUGGCAGCAGUACCAGGACCAGUACAGCACUGCCAAGGACUGGGUUAUUGUCAGGGAGAGAACCUUCCAAGACUUGCUCAAGACAGAACAAAAGGAGAACAGGUCUCUCAGGGAGGAGUAUGAGGAGCUGUUGUCUGAGCUGGAACAGUAUGGCUCAGAUCUGGUGGGUCUGGGUAGCCUGUGUGAACAGCUAUGUGCCCAUGUGGAGAACCCAGCCUCUGCACAUCUCAACUCCCAGUGUAAGGCACUGAUACAGAGACUGGACUCCCUCAAACAACAGGUCAUCAAGAAGCUGGAGGUCGCAAAGACUAAAGCUGCAGACUCCCAGCGGUUUGAAGGGGAGGUGGAAAGCCUACAGAAACUGCUGCAGGAGGCAGAAGAAGUGCUGCAGUCAGACGACCCCAACAAGUCAGCUGACGAGACAACUGUCAGAGACAGGAUGGACCAGAUCAAGACCCAGAUGCUGAAGUUCAACAACUACUCUGGGCAGCUGGAGGAUCUGAACAGCCUUGGGUACAGACUUGCUCUGGGGGAGGAGGAGGCAAACAAGCUGCGAGAUCUGAACCAGCGCUGGUACAACAUGUCCACACUCAUGUCAAACAAGUACAGGACCAUGCAGGGUAUCAUGCUGGAUAAGCAGAACUUUGCCCAGAAGUGUGAGACAUGGAUGCUGUUCCUGGCCCAGACAGAGAAGGACCUGGCUGUAGACAUUGCUGGCAACUAUGAAGGCCUGUUAGAGCAGCAAAAGGCUUAUGAGAUUUUCCAAGCGGAUCUGUUCAGCCGUCAGCAGAUUCUCCACUCCAUCGUGUCAGACGGCCAGCGUAUCAUGGCGGAGGAGGUCCUGGAGGACCCUGAGGAGGACCUGCAGCAGCGCCUCACCCUGCUGAGGGACCAAUGGCAGAACGUUCUCAGGAGGUCUAAUGAGAGGAAGCAGGUCAUCGACCACCGCAUACAGCAGUGGCAGCUCUACAAGUCCCUGAGGACCAAGGUCCUGCCCUGGAUGGUGGAGAUGAAACAUGAGAUUGUACAGUAUGAGUUCACUUCACUGUCCCUGGAGAGAGUCAGGGCCAUGUUGGAGGACGUCGAGGCAUCCCUCAAGAAGGUUACAGCUCAGGAGCCAACCUACAACUCCCUGGUGGAGACAGCUGUAGAACUGAUGCAGGUCUCAGAUAAACAGGUAGAGGGGGCUCUUGAAAGGGAGCUGACUGAUAUUCAGAAGGAGUGGAAUGACAUAAGUGGUUCUUUGGAGCACAAAAGACAUCAACUGGAGUCAUUACUUCAGUCCUGGAGUGACUGUGAGGAUGACAUUGAGGGGUGCCUGGCCUGGCUGAGAGACAUCAAACGACUCCUGACUCAAGAUGUGCCAUCCAAUCAUGAUGAGCUUCAGAGAGAGAUGCAUAUCUGCAAGGAGUAUGAAACAGCCUUCCAGAUGACAGAGAAUAAGCUGACCAACAUCCACGGUAAGGAGCAGCAGCUGGCAGGCAGCAUCAGCCCUGAGGACCUGAGUCUGCUGCAGGAGAGAGUACGCUUCCUCCGCAAGCAGUGGGACGAGAUCCACCUCCAGACCACGCUGCGCAGGCAGAAGGUCACAGACAAACUUAACGAGUGGUCCAGCUUCAGUGACAGAUAUAAAGAGCUUUCCGAUUGGCUAACAGAGAUGGAGGUGAAAAUCACACACAAUCCUGAAGUCAGCAUUGAAGACCUACUGGAGAACUUGCAGAAGGAGUACCAGGAGGAGAUGAGCAAUGCCGAUGACAGGAGGAGGGUCCUGGCAGACAUGGGACAGCAGCUGCUCAAGGCUGGGAAUGAGGCACGUGCCACCGAGAUUGAGUACAAACUGGCCAAGAUGCAGGACAGGUGGCAGCACCUUACAGACCUGAAGUGUGCCAGAAUCAAAAAGCUGAAAGAAACUUUGACAGCUGUCCAGCAGUUGGAAAACAACAUGAACAGCCUUCGGAGCUGGUUGUCAGAGAUCGAGCAAGUGUUGUCCCAUCCUGUCGUGUAUGAGAGCUGUGAUGCCACAGAGAUACAGAGGAAACUUCAGGAACAACAGGAGCUUCAGAAGGACAUAGAGAAACAUAGCACAGGUGUUGCCUCUGUGUUGAACCUAUGUGAGGUGCUCCUGCAUGACUGUGAUGCCUGUGCCACGGAUGCUGAGUGUGAGUCCAUCCAGCUUGCCACACGCACACUGGACAGGCGGUGGAGAAACAUCUGUGCUCUGUCCAUGGAGAGAAGACUCAGAAUUGAGGAGACCUGGAGGCUCUGGCAAAAGUUCCAGGAAGACUACCAGAGGUUUGAACACUGGCUUCAGGAGAGCGAGAGGACUGCAGCCUAUCCCAACUCUGGACAUGUCACCUAUACAGUCAUGAAGGAGGAGGUCAAGAAAUAUGAAGCAUUCCAAAGGAAAAUCCAUGAGGGCCUGACUCAACUGGAACUUCUGAACAAGCAGUACAGGCGGUUAGCCAGGGAGAGUAGAACAGACACAUCCAACAAGCUGAAGGGCAUGGUACACGAUGCCAACCACAGAUGGGACACUCUGUCCAAGAGAGUCAACUGUAUCCUCAGAAGGUUGAAGCAUGCCCUUGGUCUGCGGGAGGAGUUUGAGACUACUCGGGAAAGCCUGCUGGUGUGGCUGACAGAGAUGGACCUACAGCUCACCAACAUGGAGCACUUCUCCGACUGUGAUGUGGCAGCCAAAAUCAAACAGAUGAAGGCAUUCCAGCAGGAGAUUGACCUCCUGUCCAGUAAGCUGGAGUACCUGGACACCCUGGGUCUGCACCUGAUGCAGAAGUGUGAGGGGGAGGAUGCUGUGGUCAUUCAGGACGAACUGGACGACUUCCACAGGUUCUGUGGGGAGGUCUUCAACAGGGUGUACAAGUACCACACCAGGCUCACCAAACUCAAGGCCGAGUACCCAGACAUUGAGAUGGAAGAAAUUGAAGCCUCCGGUGGGCUGGAAACCUACAAAUUAGAAAGUGGGAUUCCUUCAGAAAGACUAACACCUCAUUCAGGGCCGGGGACACCCCGAGCUAACAGGUCCUCUGGCCGGGGCACCCCUGCCAGUGUGGAGUCCCUGGACUGGGACAUGUAUGGCCUGGAGAAGAUGCCCAGUGGCUCCGCUGACAACUCCCUCCCAGCCAGUCAUGCUGUUGAGAAUGGCUUACAUGAGUCUGUUAGAGAAGGUGAAGCCAGGCAUAAACACAUGGAGCAGCAGUUGCUAAACCUCUCCAGGUUACUGGAGAGUGCUCAUGACAAACUUGGCAGUACAGAGGCCAUGGUGAACUGUGACAUCACUAUGGGACCAGAUGUUCAGGACACAUACCAUGACUAUGUUAAGCUUCUCUCUGCUUGCCAGUCCUGUAUAGAGAACAUCAGACACAUCCAAGACUACCUAACAGAGAACCCCCACCUGUCUCGUGGAGCUACCAGUGACCAGCAGCUAGCAGGUGUUCUGGACAGGUGGGACUCCAUGAAGCAGGCUGCCAUGCAGAAGCAGACCAAACUCAAACAGGCCUGCCAGCAGUGGAACCAGUUUCAGUCAGACCUGAACAACAUCAUGUUGUGGCUGAACGAAGCCGAGGCGCUGCUCAGGGAACAGGACCAAGUGGCUGGAGACAUCCACUCCCUGGAGAUACAGAUCAAGAAACACAGGGAGUUCCUGGCCGCAUUGGAUCUCAGGAAAGCCAUUGUCAUGUCUAUCAACCUGUGCAGCCCUCAGUUCGUUCAGGGAGACUCUGAGCAUGCUCAGAAACUCCGGGACAGACUGACACUGAUGAACCACCGCUGGGAGGCUGUGUGCAAUCAUGCCGUGGAGUGGCAGAGGGCGCUACAAGUGGCGCUGGUGCAAUGUGCAGAAGUGCAGAACACUGUAGCAGACUUGUUUGCCUGGCUGGAUGAAGUGGAGAGAAGGAGGAACAGGAUCGAUCCAAUUGAACUUGAUGCAUCACAGGCAACACUCAGGAAACAGUACAGGGCACUCCUGAGGCUAAAACAGGAGCUUCAGGAUAACCAGCCCCGUGUGGCCGGCCUGAAGAGCACAGCAGACCAGCUCCUGGAGACUGCAGACAGCCAGGGCAGUCUGGAGAUCAAGUCUAACCUGCACAUCAUCGACAACAGACUUCGCCUCCUCCUGGAGGUCAUCUCUGCAGACCUGAAGCAGAUAGAGGGACUCGUAGAUGUCUCGGCAGUCAGUUUGACUCCAGAGAAAACUGUCACAUUCAAGCUGGAACGAUCAGCCGACUCGUCCCCUGCAUCCUCCCCAGAUGUGGAUGAUGAUGAGGACAGACACGGCUUCUACGGUGCUGCAGCUGCGGCAGGGAUCCUGGCAGAGAUGGACAACACUUACAAUGAGGAUGAGGAUGAUGACAGACAUGGGUUCUAUGGAGCAGCAGCUGCUGCAGGGAUGAUCGCUGAGACAGACAGCGGUCUGUUUGGGGUGGUGACUGGGGAGGGGCAGGUGGAGCUGGAAGGUGCUGAUGCCAGGAUGCUGGCUAGACCAGGCAGGACGAGCACACCCAUCUCCUCUGACAAGGACUCUUCUUCUGAGGUGGUGGAAGAUGUCUUAGACUCAGACAGUGAAACUGAUGAAGCUGAGCGACAGCUCCCCCACGUUGUGCAGAGACUUCUCAGCUUUAAACCAAGGUUCUGGUGAAGAAGAUGGAGCUUACCUGUGUGUUGAGGAGGAGGAGGGUGUUGAGCGGCGCCCAGGCUUCCUGAGGAGGGUUUUCCGUAAGGCCGUUCCCCUACAGAUCCUGAUGCUGCUCCUUGUGGGGACAGCCUGUCUGGUACCACUGUGUGAGGAGGACUAUAACUGUGUGGUGGCACGCUGGGGAAUGAGCCUCCAUCCUGUACUCAGAUAUGUCAAUGGCCCUCCCCCAAUGUAAUACUGACACCCCCUUCACCUGAAGAUGUUGCACGGACACUUCUGUGGUGGGAACAUUCUGAUCUCAACCCCAUGGGGGACAGUCAAAGGCAGCUUUUUUGGGUCCAGUUACAGAAAAGAUCAACACGUAUUUAAGUAUUGCCAGCUGUGAAAUGUAAUGCUCAUACAUACAUGUACCUCUACAUGGUCACAUAAGCCACCAGCUCGGAACAAGCACCACUAAGAUGUGAGACAGAAAAUCUGUUGUACAAGAGUUUUAUGCAAAUGUAUAGUUUUAUGCAAAUCAUGCCAGUGUUUUAACAUCUGUCCUAACCUUUUACCACUAUUUACUGCAGCUUUUACCACUAUGUACAUGAUUGGAUCAUAUUUAUUGCAGCUGCAUGGAGGUCAGUUUGUGCCGUUUAUUUAGUUCUUGUAGAACUGUUCUCAUAUGUCAGCAUAUAUAAGAUCCAUUUGGAAGUUAUUGUUUAAAGAGGCCAGAUCUGUCCAUGUAUUGUGUUUGAAUUGUAUGUUGCUUUUUACCUGUUAUAAUUUUAAUAAUACGUGUUUUGCAAUUUUAUAGUCAUAUUUAUUUUCAUCUUUGUUUUUUGCCUUUUACCUAUUGUAGCCAUUUUAUGUAGCUUGUACUAUAAGGUUGUAAAGAGAUGGUUUAUGUACAGGAUUGUAUGAAAGUUUAACAGAGAAAUAUGAAGGAAAUGAAUGCCAAGUUUUAGAAAUGUUACAGAUGCAAAUAGAGUAGCUCUGUCCCAGAAGUAUUGGUACGACAUAGACAUUGAAUAAAGAGAUUAAGCUGA